UAUCAAUCGUCAUAAUAUUAUCUUUUUCGGAUUUUAGCCUCAUCCGUGUUGCGAGAUUUUUGUGUAUUUAGACCAUCAGUAUCGUACCGUUCGAAUAGUAUCAACCAUACCUUCUUGAUGUCGACUUAAUAGCUUUUUUCACAAGCUUUUAUCAGGAUUAUAUGAAGAAGAACACAAUGGAAAGUGCAACAGAAGUUUUGCCUUUGUGCACAGUGUCAUGGGAAAUGGGUGUCAGUAGCAACAUUUCAUCGCCACAAGAAGGAGCACUUGAAAUUUUUUACCAUCCCAGCAGUUCCUAGAUUCCCAUUCAAGGAAGAUGUUUCGAAGGACCCACGAUAUAGUCAGCCCCUAUUCUCCGGAUCACAGACAACAGUGUUAGAUGCUGUCACUAAGCAUAUGUACAUUUUUAGUAUGAACCAUGGCAUGUCCAAGUCAGCAGUAACAGACUCUCUUGCUUGUGAGAAAUCCUCUCUUCCACAACCCAACCUCUUGCCAAAGUCUUUUAGAGAAGCCAGGAGUUUUGUGUCGCCAUUUCUUAUGCCCCUUGAGAAGUUUGAUGCUUGCCUAAAUGACUGUAUUUUAUACCGAGACUCUGAAGGGAAAAUGUAUGCUGGUUUAAAGGAGUGUCCUAUUUGCCAUGAGCCUAGACAGAAGAAUGGACUUGCACAGAAAAAAUUUACAUAUAUGCCUAUAGGACCAAGACUGAGUCGUUGGUUUGGAACCCCAAAUUUGUGUAAGCUGUUGUAUGCCAACAAGGUAACGGUUAAUGGGACUCUGCGGGAUUUCACUGAUGGCAAGGUUUACCAAUCAUGGUUUGAAGAAGGUGGAGUGUUUCAUGGAAUGAAGGAAAGUCACACCAUCCCACUCUCGUUAUUUACAGAUGGAGUGAAUCCAAACAAACAUAUGACUAGUCAGAAGUCAAUGUGGCCUAUCAUUCUUACAUGGAUAAAUUUGCCGUUUGAACUACGUCAACUUUUGGGACCCAUGCUUUUGGUCGGAAUCAUUCCAAGUGGACUGAGGGGGAGUGAACCAAAAUCCUUAGAACCAUAUUUAGAACUGGUUACAGAUGAAAUACUUCAAUUAACUGAAUUUCCAGUGUUCAGCUCCUAUGCAGCAGCACCAGUUACAGUGAAGGUGGCAUUGCUUCAAUUUUUGUGCGACAUCCCUGCGUUUUCCAAAGUUUUUCAUCUUUCUGGACAUGGUGCCCUUAGAUCCUGUCCAUACUGCCGAGAAGUAGGACACCGGUGCAAACAUUUAAGUAAGACCAUCCAUCUAUCAAACCGGAGAUUUUUAGAUUCCAACCAUCCUUUGCGGUGCGAAGAGGGAUUCGGAGAAGGUGGACCAGACAAUAAAGAAAAACCAGCUGUCUACUCCAAUGAAGAGGAGCUUUCACUUCGUGAGCAGUAUGAAUCAAAACCAAACAAAUCACAGAAAACCAAAUUUCAAAAGGAAACUGGCCUGAAAGGAAAGUAUACAUUCUUAAGACUGCCAUACCACAACAGGAUAAAACAGAUGCAGCCUGAUGGAAUGCACACAUUUGCAGAUUUCAUCAAUCAUGUGUUUGAAAUGCUCACAGGAAAACUAAGCAGCCAGAAAGUUAAAAACUGUGAAUUGUCAUUUGGGCGAUUUGAAGGUGCCUGGAAGGAAGAAAGUGACUUUGAAAACCGGCCUAUAAAGAAGCGAAAGACUACAGCCACUACAGAAUCUGCCAAAACUCCAGCCAAGGAAGUGAAAUUUCAUGUUCCAUGGGCACUCUCAAAAGACGGUGUAAAAGAAGCAGACAAAAGAGCAAGUGAAAUAGUUUAUGGUCAGACAAAUGACAUUACCCCUGGACCACAUUUCUCUAAGCCCUGGACUUUAAGGACUAUGAAUUCCAAGUUGCAGUUUGUAAUAACUGGCGGUCUCCAGUGGUGUCUCAGGGGACUCUUACCACAGAAACAGGAAGAAACUCUCUUUUUCCUGCUCGAUAUAUUGAAGAGGGUAAUCUCUCCAGCCAUCCAACAAGCUGACAUUGAAGAGCUGCAGAAUGAUGUUCACUAUGCACUGUGCUUGUUAGAGCGGGACUUCCCACUAUCUCUGCAGAACCUAACAACACACUUGAUUCACCAUAUUGUGGAUGGUUUAGAGGAAUUCGGUCCAGUUUAUGGAAGAUGGUUAUUCCCACACGAAAGAGCCAAUGGGUGGAUUAGCCGACAGUGUUUGCGUAAAGGGGUAGAGGAAUCAACUGUCAUGGAGACCUAUGUGAUUUAUGACUGGUGUGUCCAUAUGGUUUUAAGUCAGCAAUUCAAGCCAUCAGAAAUUUUUAGCAGUGACAACAAGCUUGUGCAGUUAUCCGAAAAACUGAUGAUGGAAAUCCUUGAGGAGCCACAGCAUGAAGAGCAGAGGCCAUCUCCAGAGAUACCCAUCUCCAAUUCAAGGCAGUUAACACCUCAGAUGAUUCAGCAUAUGACAGUGUUCUACACUAGUGUGUUAAAUAUGAACAUUUUGAACUUUGACGAGACUGUUGUUGAAAUUACCAAAAGUUGUGAACAUGUUGACAAUUAUGGGCGUUCCUAUCAAUUUAUAGGGAAGGGUUGCAAAAGACGUCAGAAUUCUGUUGUUAAAGUUCCCUGCUCUAGUGGAACACUUUUUGGAGAGAUUGUCCUUUUCCUUUGUCAUAAAGUUAACAGCAUUGUUCAUAAAUGGGUUGUAUUGGAUAUAUUUCCAUUAUCUGAGAAAGAAAAGGGUUUUUUCCAUUUUGAAAACAAGGUUGUAUGUCAGAGAUUGUGUCAUAUAUCCGCUUUAAGUAGACCAUUGGCUCAUGUUAGGAAUCAGAAUGCAACCUUGUGGGUGUUAGAAGAAGAGUAGUGUAUAACUAGAUACCUCAAAAAGACAGAGCUAACAAAAUUCAGCAAAGUCGUUAAAUGUAUCUAACUGUAUGUAUCUAUCUGAACAUAUAUACACUGCUUGGUUUUAGCUCAUUGUUUUGAUUGUUUAUUAGUCCUAUCAAUUACUGGUAUGUGUAUUUGAGAUAAUGUUAUGAUUUUCCCUAUAUAUUAUCAUAUUUACUUUUGAGUACCAGUAUAUAUUUGAAUACUAGUAUAUUGAUUGUGAGUGUUUUGUGUGAAGUAUGAUUUAAAACAAUAUUGUUUUAUAUCAAUUGCAUAAACAUUUGCAAGUUUGUUACCAAAAGUUGUAUGAAUAUAAUCAAUAGAACACACUGCUGAUGUUGCUUUUAUUAUUCUUUUGAGCGAAAUUGAAAGGCAAUUUAAGAUGAUUGCAUAGACUCCUUCCCGGUAACUGCCAUACUGCUCUUUUGCAGAGCAAAUUGACAUCUUUUAAAUAUAUAAUAUGACGUAAUUGUCUAUCUACUGUAAAUAAACUUUGCCAAACCUGCAAAAGAGCUAUACUGCAGUCACUGAAAAGGGUCCAUGCUUGAAUCCAGGAAA